AUGACGACAGUCAAGCCCGAGGACCUACCAAUAGGCCCCAUCACGCGGAUCGUCCCUCCGGCCAGCCUCGCAUUCGCGCUUCCCUCUCCGUCCGUCUCGUCCACCCCAAAGAAGAAUAACAAGCCCAAGAUCAUCGGCGGCGUGAUCGGCGGUGUUGUCGGCCUAAUCCUGCUCCUGGCGGCGCUCUGGUUCCUCCUCAGAUGGAAGCGAAAACGGAGCAGGACAAAGCGGGGGCACGCGGAACUCGGAGAGGGUGCGGAUACGGAUACGGCUGCCCCGACGCCGCAGCAGAAGCACUCUGAAGACAGGCCGCAGAUCGCCCAGGUCCGCGGGGCGGUUACUGUGCCGACGCCAGCCGCGACGACGACAGGGCCGAGGACGAAGGAAGCUCUAGCGCCGGCAACGGAGCUGGGCAGUUUGCCUUCUGGCACGACCCAACCACUCAACAACACGACACGCACAACGAACGGCAACACGCUGGACGACUCCCUCCGAUCCAGUAUCCACGACACGCUGUCCCCGCUCCCGAACGACGUGCUCGGCCCGUCGCCUGCGGCGUCACCGCCCGGCUCGAGUCUGGGGCACGGCAGCCUCGCCGUCCCGCCAGGACAUCGACCAGACUCCCCACUCAGUAUCAGUACACUACGACAUGCGCGCAGCCCGUCGCUCAGCUCGGUGCUCAGCGACUAUGUCGACGCGAGCGAGAUUGCCAAGACGCCUAUCUCUGCCAGUGAGUACAUGCGAAGGGGGAUUGGAGGCACGGGAGGUGACUCGGAGGUGAACUGGAGGUGCGCACAAGUGUAG